CCUGCAGCGGCACCACGGGUGGCAGGGGGGACUUGGGGGCGCAGAAGGAGACUUUUGGGGGGAAGAUCGCAGAGACAUCCCGCACCCAGACCCCCACUCACCCCGUGCCUUCGGGAAAAUCCCUCCGCGGCCGGCCUGGGGUCCAAUCACCCGGCCCCACGCCCCGCCGGGCAGCCCCCUGCAGCCGCGCCCGGCCGGCAGGGGUGGGGCGGCGGGGACCAGGCACGUGGCUCGGGGUCCGGGCGGAGCGCCCCCCCCCGCCCCGUCCCCCAGCGGCGGCCAGUCCCCGCGGUGUCCGCGGCCGCGGGGACAGAGGGAGGGCGGGGCGGCGCGGGCGGGCGGCGCCGGGGAGGGGGUCGCGCGGGGGCGGGCCGCGGGCCGGGCGGGGGUCGGCGGGCUUCCGGGCGGCGGCGGCGGCGGGCGCGGCGCGAUGUGCGAGCGGGCGGCGCGCCUGUGCAGGGCCGGCGCGCACAGGCUGCUCCGGGAGCCGCCGCCGCAGGGCCGGGCGCUGGGCGGGCUGCUGCGCUGGGUGGGCGCCAGGAUGGGCGAGCCCCGGGCGCCGCUGGCCCCCGACGCCCCCGCCGCGGACCCCGGCCCCAACCCCGCCACGCCGCGCGGGGGCACCGCCGUCAUCCUGGACAUUUUCCGCCGUGCGGACAAGAAUGAUGAUGGGAAGCUGUCCUUGGAGGAAUUCCAGCUCUUCUUUGCAGAUGGUGUCCUCAACGAGAAGGAACUGGAGGGUCUCUUUCACACGAUUGAUUCUGACAACACCAACCAUGUGGACACCAAGGAGUUGUGUGAUUACUUCGUGGACCACAUGGGGGACUAUGAGGACGUCUUGGCCUCCCUGGAGACCCUGAAUCACUCUGUCCUGAAGGCCAUGGGCUACACCAAGAAGGUAUACGAGGGAGGGAGCAACGUGGACCAGUUUGUGACCCGUUUCCUUCUGAAGGAGACGGCCAACCAGAUCCAGUCUCUGCUGAGCUCCGUGGAGAGUGCGGUGGAGGCCAUCGAGGAGCAGACCAGCCAGAUCCGACAGAACCACAGCAAAACAAGCCACGGCGAGGCGGAAACCUGGUACAGAAGCCCUGCUCCCCCCUAUUCCCCCAACCACAAGCUAAUGGCCACAGAACAAGGAAAGAGCCUUCCAUCUGCCACAGAGGACGCAAAGGAGGAGGGCCUGGAAGCCCAGAUCAGCCGGCUGGCAGAACUGAUUGGAAGGCUGGAGAACAAGGCACUGUGGUUUGACCUGCAGCAGCGCCUCUCCGAUGAAGAAGGCACCAACAUGCAUCUCCAGCUGGUCCGCCAGGAGAUGGCCGUGUGCCCUGAUCAGCUGAGCGAGUUUCUGGACUCUCUGCGCCAGUACCUGCGAGGCACCGCCGGAGUGAGGAGCUGCUUCCACAUUGCUGCCGUGAGGCUCUCUGAUGGCUUCACCUUCGUCGUCUACGAGUUCUGGGAGACAGAGGAGGAGUGGAAGAGGCACCUGCAGAGCCCUGUGUGUAAGGCAUUCCGGCACGUCAAGGUGGACACGCUGAGCCAGCCUGAGGCCCUCUCCAGGAUCUCCGUGCCAGCUGCCUGGUGCACAGUGGGCCGAGACUGACCACCUCCCUGAGGCCUGCGGCUGGGCCCGCCAUCUCUUGUGAAGGACAGCCCCUUUUCUAGAAACUUUGGUACACAAGCCUUCUUUUCACUGUACUUCUCAACACAAACCUACGUCCCUGCUGUUUGAAAUGCAGGAACCUCCCCACCCCAGACAGUGGCCACCUCUACCCCGCCCGCCUCAUAUUCUAACGGUAAAGGCCACCUCUCUUCUCCCCUUGCUGGUGUUUCUCUAUCUGGUAGGAGCCGUGCCCCUGUAGUGCCCAACCUAAGUGAUCCUGUACGCAGGCAGUAAAACCCAUAGUAACCAGCUCCACGCUAGGCAGCCGUUGGGCAGGGGUGCCAAAUAAACUCUGGUUGGGAACA